AUGGGUUUCCUCCCACUGCCGGCGUCUCAUCCAUUCCAGUCUAAGCUGCUUGCCUCCACUGCUGCUCCUCUCACUCUCACUACAGUGCUUGCUAUUGCUAUGGCUGCCGCCGGUGAUGAUCAAGCAGGGUCCGCGGUGCCGGCUGUGGCACUGAGGUCCGGCAAGCCGAUGCCGCGGAUAGGCCUGGGCACGGCAUCCUUCCCGCUCGGGGACGCCGGGGACCGCCCAGUCGUACGCGAGGCCCUCCUGCGCGGCCUGGACGCCGGCUACCGCCACUUCGACACGGCCGCGGUGUAUGGCACGGAGCGCGCGAUCGGGGAUGCCGUGGCGGAGGCCGUGCGUGCCGGGACGCUCGCCUCCCGGGACCAGGUCUACAUCACCUCCAAGCUCUGGAUCGCGGACGCGCACCCUAGCCACGUCCUGCCGGCGCUCAGGAAGACCCUCCAGAAUCUGCAGAUGGAGUACGUGGACCUGUACCUCAUCCACUUCCCGGUGAGCAUGCGGCUGCCGGAGGCGGAAGGAGGGGCGGGACCGGUGCUGGCAAAGGAAAACCUGGUGGAGAUGGACAUGAAGGGAGUUUGGGAGGAGAUGGAGGAGUGCCACAGGGGAGGGCUGGCCAAGGCCAUCGGCGUCAGCAACUUCAGCUGCAAGAAGCUAGAGUACCUGCUCUCCUUUGCCAAGAUCCCUCCGGCAGUGAACCAGGUGGAGGUGCACCCGUGCUGCCGGCAGAACAAGCUGAGGGUGUUUUGCAGGGAGAAAGGAAUCCAGCUCUGCGCUUACUCUCCACUGGGUGGCAAGGGAGCACCAUGGGCCAACAAUUCUGUCAUCAACUGCCCUCUCCUCAGGCAGAUUGCCCAUACAAAGGGCAAAACCGUCGCCCAGGUGUGCAUUAGGUGGGUGUACGAGCAGGGCGAUUGCUUGAUAGCUAAAAGCUUCAACGAAAAGAGGAUGCGAGAGAACCUCGACAUCUUUGACUGGCAACUCACGGAAGACGAGUGUCGCGAGAUUAGCACACUCCCAGAAUCGAGGGGAACCUACGAUUUCUUCGUCCAUGAAUCUGGGCCGUACAAAACUGCCCAAGAGUUUUGGGAUGGUGAGAUUGUGGCUGGCCAGGCUAACAAUAGUGCUUUGAGUUUGGAUCCUACCAACUGA